AUUUUAAAAGAAAUGAGAAGGGGUUUGUAGUGUAAGUUAUGGCACGCGUGCGUACCUAGCAGUAGCAGGCAGUGGGGUUACACACACCGGAAUACACAAGUAAUCUGCUAUUACUUAUCGUUAUUCGUUUCUUCUUCUUCGGUGGAACCAAACGAAGAAGACGCCCCGUUUUGCCUCUGCUUCUCUACCAUGCUCUUCAAUUAGGGUUAGGGCGUUGUUCUUGUUUUCGCUCCGUUAAUUGCAACAUGGUUGCUCUUUCGCUCUCAGCUCCCAACUUCUCCACCGCUUUUCUCGCAAAGAAACUGCCCCUCCGAGAACACUCGGUGACCAAUUCAUUUCGCACUAAAUGUGCGGUGGACACGCCCUAUGGAGGUAAUGUACAAAAAUUUCCUCGAAGCAAUGUCUUGGAUCCUUACCGACGCCUUGGUAUUAGCCGUGAUGCUUCUGAAGAAGAAAUUUGGGGAUCGAGAAAUUUUUUGUUGCAACAAUAUGCUGGACAUGAGAGGAGUGAAGAGUCAAUAGAAGCGGCUUUUGAAAAAAUAUUGAUGGCAAGUUUCAUACAGAGGAGGAAAACAAAAAUUAAUUUGAAAAGCAAGUUGAAAAAGAAAGUAGAAGAGUCUCCACCAUGGGUGAAAAACUUGCUAAACUUUGUUGAACUUCCACCAACUGAAAUUAUCCUCAGAAGAUUGUUUCUCUUUGGCUUCAUGGGUGGCUGGAGUAUUAUGAAUUCUGCUGAAACUGGACCUGCUUUUCAGGUGGCAAUCUCUUUGGCUGCCUGCAUAUAUUUUCUCAACGAGAAGACAAAGAGCUUGGCUAGAGCAUUCAUUAUUGGGUUUGGAGCUUUAGUGGCUGGAUGGAUCUCUGGUUCGGUGCUGGUACCCAAUAUUCCAUCUAUGUUGCUGCGCCCAACUUGGACACUUGAGCUCUUAACGUCAUUGGUAGUUUAUGUGUUCUUGUUCAUUGCUUGUACUUUUCUCAAGUGAAGUGGCAACUAUUCUUUCAAAGUUUUAUUCGGUGAUGAGUUUAUAGGAGAUCAAACUCAACUUUUUUUAAGCUAGCUAAAUUGUUUAUUGUGGUGCUUUUUAUGAAAAGAAUUGUUUGAGUUGGCUAAGCCUUAAUUCCUUAUCUAAAUUUCGAUUGGUUUC